GAGCUCCCCGCCCCUGGACCCGCCGCUCCCCGGGGAGGCCUCCCCCCGCGCGGGGAGCUGCUUUCCUCCGGGUGGAAGCGCCCCCGCGGCUGGAGCCGUGCGCCGGCUUUCCCAGCGCGGGCCUGGGCCCGUCCGCCCCGUGGCGCCCCGGGCAGGCCCGACCCGCGGAGAGGCGGCUCUCCCCUGAGCGAGGGCCGCGGCCCGGGGAACUGGGCCCUUCCUGCGCGCGCUCGCCCGCGGCCCGCACGAGGCUCGCGGGGCGCCCGGCUCGGGGCCCAGACUGAACGGGGAUUGGCUGGGGGCGGACACGGGCGGGGCGCGGGCCCAGCGCCGGGAGUGUGGCUGCGCCCGUCCUGCAGUCGGCUCGGGGGCACUUUGGCCAGCAAGCGGCUUUUACCAGCCAAAGUUCAGGGGCUGCCCUGCCUGCGCGUGAGCGUGGGCGCGGGGCCCCCGGGGGCCAGCCGGACCCGCCUAGAAAGGUCAGGUGGGGGUGUGAGCGGGGUGCGCCGGGGUGCCCUCCUCGUCUCCGAUCUCACCGCGCCGGGUGAGGGGCUCCCGGGCGCUGCCGAGUCCACAGUGCGGGCGAUGGAGCCGAGGAGGCGGGACUACUGCGUGGAGCGGCCGGUGCUGAGCCAGGGGCAGCUGGAGGCGCUGGGACGCCGCGGCUUGGCGCCGGGUACCCGCCGCUGGCGCCCGCGGCUGCAGUGCUCCCGCGCUCGGGCCCGAGCCCUUCUGCUCCAGCACCUCCCAGUUCUGGCCUGGCUGCCACAGUAUCCCGUGCAUACCUGGCUCCUGGGUGACCUGUUGUCUGGCCUGAGCGUGGCCAUUAUGCAGCUGCCACAGGGCCUGGCGUACGCCCUCCUGGCCGGACUGCCCCCCGUGUUCGGCCUCUACAGCUCCUUCUACCCUGUCUUUAUCUACUUCCUGUUCGGCACUUCUCGGCACAUCUCUGUGGGCACCUUCGCUGUCAUGUCAGUGAUGGUGGGCAGUGUGACAGAGUCCCUGGCCCCAGAUGAGGCUUUCCUCCAGGCCGAGAACGCCACAGUCAACAAGACAGCCAGGGACGCCACCCGGGUGCAGGUGGCCUCCACGCUCAGUGUCCUGGUCGGCCUCUUCCAGGUGGGGCUGGGCCUGGUCCGCUUCGGCUUUGUGGUGACCUACCUGUCAGAGCCCCUGGUCCGCGGCUACACCACAGCCGCCUCUGUGCAUGUCCUCAUCUCCCAGCUCAAGUAUGUAUUUGGUGUCCACCCGAGCAGCCGCUCCGGACCCCUGUCCCUCAUCUAUACAGUGCUGGAGGUCUGCCAGAAGCUGCCCCAGAGCGUGGUCGGCAACGUGGUCACUGCAGCCGUGGCAGGCGUGGGGCUGGCCGCGGUGAAGCUGCUCAACGACAAGCUGCAGCACCGCCUGCCCGUGCCACUGCCCGGGGAGCUGCUCACGCUCAUUGGGGCCACCGGCAUCUCCUACGGUGUGGGCCUGAAGCACAGAUUUGGGGUGGCUGUUGUGGGCGACAUCCCUGCAGGGCUGAUACCCCCAGCAGCCCCCAGCCCCCAGCACUUUGCAAAGCUUGUGGGAAGCGCCUUCACCAUUGCUGUCGUGGGGUUUGCCAUCGCCAUCUCACUGGGGAAGAUCUUCGCCCUGAGGCAUGGCUACCGGGUGGACAGCAACCAGGAGCUGGUGGCCCUCGGCCUCAGUAACCUCGUCGGGGGCAUCUUCCAGUGCUUCCCCGUGAGCUGCUCCAUGUCGAGAAGCCUGGUCCAGGAGGGCGCUGGGGGCAGCACCCAGGUGGCCGGAGCCGUGUCCUCCCUCUUCAUCCUCGUCGUCAUCGUCAAACUUGGGGAGCUCUUCCAAGACCUGCCCAAGGCAGUCUUGGCAGCCACCAUCCUCGUGAACCUGAAGGGCAUGCUGACGCAGGUCACGGACAUACGUGCCCUCUGGGAGGCAAACCGGCCCGACCUGCUCAUCUGGCUAGUGACCUUUGUGGCCACCAUCCUGGUGAACCUGGACCUCGGCCUGGUGGUCGCGGUGGUCUUCUCCCUGCUGCUCGUGGUGGCCCGCACGCAGCUGCCCCGCUACUCUGUCCUGGGGCAGGUGCCAGGCACGGACAUUUACAGAGAUGUGGCAGAGUAUUCAGAGGCCACGGAGGUCCCGGGCGUGAAGGUCUUCCGCUCCUCGGCCACCGUGUAUUUCGCCAACGCUGAGCUCUACAGUGACGCGCUGAAGCAGAGGGUGAGGCCGGGGCCCCUGGUGAGGGGGUGCGUGUCCGAGGGCCCCCCACCCCACAGAGCCCAUGCCCUCCCGCCUGCCCUUUGCCUGCAGUGUGGCGUGGACGUCGAUCGCCUCAUCUCCCGGAAGAAGCUGCUGCUCCAGAGGGCCCUGGGGUCUGGGCGGCACAAGGGGACCCUCCAGGAACAGGCCGCCGCCUGCGAGGACACAUCUGCCGCCAACAACGUCCACACCAGCAUCAGAGACGCCGAGAGUGGCUGCGAGGACUGCAAGGCCGAGGUGAGCACAGGGAAUGAGCCGGAGGAGAUGGCAGCCAGUGGGCAAGGCGCUGCCCAGGCCCCAGGCACACCCACCCUCAAGGCCCUGGGCCUGCCUCAGCCGGACUUCCACAGCCUUGUCCUUGACCUGAGCACCCUCUCAUUCGUGGACACCGUGUGUCUCAAGAGCCUGAAGAACAUUUUCCGAGACUUCCGGGAGAUCGAGGUGGAGGUCUACAUGGCUGCCUGCCACACCCCAGUGGUUGCCCAGCUCGAGGCUGGGCGCUUCUUCGAUGCAUCCAUCAGCAAACAGCACCUGUUUGCCUCUGUCCACGACGCGGUCACCUUUGCUGUCCAGCAUCCCGGGUCCGGCCCCACCAGCCCUGUCAUGGUCACCAAACUCUGACCAUAGUGCCACCCUGCCCACCCUGGCCUGCACACAGGUGUACCCCAGGAGUCUGCCUCGCACACACACGGCACGAGGGACGGAGGACCUGGACUCCGAGCUCAGUGCCCUGGGUCCAGGACGGGGCGCCGGCAGGUGGGGGAGGCGGCAUUCCAGCUUCAGGAAUAAAGACUUUCUCACUUAA